AUGUUAGCUCGUUUUUUGUCACUGUUACUUCCUAUCAUCUCCCUGGCAUGGAGACGAAACGGAGAGGAUGACGCAAUGCAAAUGCAGCUGCUUCAACACAAGUUAGUCCUCGAAGACGUGGCGGGACGGAGCCUGGAAGCAGCUCAGCCGCUUGACUGGAUUCACUUCCCAAAGACAGGCAGCUCGUUCGUCAACGCAAUCGUCCACCUGAACGGAGCUUGCCCAUCUCUUGCCAACUACGCUCUCAAUGAAGACACGGUUGGCAGCGGCACCUGCUGGCUGUCCUACUGGCUUGAGCACAAGUGCCCAUAUGUGUGCAAUGCGGACAAGUACACUUGCCCUCAGCCGUGCCACGUACACCUCCCUGUAACCAACUAUUCGGCCCAGCGGGGCCACUUGGUUGGAAUGUUCCGCGAUCCUAAUCAGCGUAUCCUUUCCGGCUACCAUGAUGAUCAUAACAACUUUGCCGGCUACACAAAAGAGCUCUUCACGCGUGACCUAGGAGUAGAGUGCAGGGGGCAGUCGGAAGUCGUAAAGUCAAUGCCGAAGAGGCCGCUUUCAGAGUUUGCCGAAAUGUGGAAGGGCGGUAUGACAUACCAGCUCGUGACCGAGCAUCCGACCACCGUAACUCUGGAUCCACGCCGGCCCCAGGUGACGCGCCGGGACGCCACUGAGGCAGCACGAAGGGUGCGCGACGGCUUUGCCUUCGUGGGCCUCACCGAGGAGUGGGACCUGUCGAUCUGCCUCUUUCACAAGAUGUUCGGAGGAGUAUGCAGUGCCUUCGAGUUCGUAAACACGAGGCCCAGCUUUCAUGGGAAGAGUGCCGACCAAGACUACGACACCUCCGAGCUUCAGGGCUGGUACGAUGACAUCGACGACGUGGUGUAUGCUGCCGCAGCUGAGGUCUUCCGCCAAAACCUCGUUUUGUUCAACGUCUCGCAAGAGACGUGUCAGGAGUGCUACAGCAAGAGAGGCUCGGCAUCCAGGGUGGCAGUCCUGUAG